AUGCACCUCCUCAAUCUUCUUCGGCCCCUCUACCUUCCUCCUCUGCUGCCACUUGUUCUUCCUGAGAUCGAUCGCAUCCCUCAGAAGGAAUCUCACUCUGGACGAUAG